GACAAUUGAUUGUACCAAGGCCGUAUCCAUGGCAAAUAGCUCUUUUGAGAAUCUUCAGAGCCUUUUCGUUGACUUUGUACAGCCACAGCUGGUCCAGAGAAAAAAACAAGCUGGAGUAAUAUUCUCUGCUGUAGUGCUUGUCUUGUGCUAUAAUACUAUAAACAAGAUUAUAUACCCACCAAAAUCUCUACGCCACAUACCCCAUGUUAAUUACAUUGCCUACACACGAUCACAACUGAGAAAGCAGCCAGCAUCAGAACAAGCAAGAGAACUUCUUUUGCCACUCCUGGCCGAGAAUAAUGGUUUUUAUGCGAUUCCGUUUCUUGGAAAAUGGAGUGUCCAAGUAGCAAACCCUAUUGCUAUAAAAACUAUAUUGCUUAAAUUUGACAUGUUCCCAAAGGCAAAUUCUUUAAGCAAGUCCCAAGGAACAUUGGCACAUAGAUUUAUAGGAGGUCCCAAUGUCUUCCUUCUCGAAGGAAAGAAGUGGAGAAAACAGCGCAUGAUUUCCAAUCCUGCCUUUAGUCGGUCAAUGCCAGUCGACAUGUUUGGUCGAAUUACAAUCAACCUUUUUAAAUACUUGGACAAUAUUGACCCAACCAUCGAUGUCCUCGAUACUAUGAAGAAAUGGACACUUGAUACUCUUGGCUCAGCUGUGUUUGAUUUUGAUUUCGAAUCUCUUACCAAGCCAAACAAUGAAUGGACCAGUAUUUACUAUGAGAUCAAUGCCAGUCUAUUUGUUCCGAUUUUCAACAUACUCCCUGUUUUAGAAAAGAGCUUCCUCUGGAUGUUCCCCAAGAGAAAGAGAGUUCACGAUAAGAUGACCAAGCUUAAGGAUAUGAUGCGUCAAGUAAUCAUUCAAAAGCAAGCAAGAUUAAAAGAGAACAAGCCAAAUCCCAAUCUGAAAGAUACAGAAAAAGAUUUACUCACCUUACUGCUCGAAUCAGAAAACGAGGGUCAUGAACCCAUGUCAGAAGAUGAGCUCAUGAGCAACCUAUGUGCAUUUUUCUUCGCCGGUCAUGAUACAACCGCCAAUGCCUUAUCUUCCGCACUUUAUCAUCUUGCAGUACAACAAGACGUCCAGAAGAAGGCUAGAGAAGAGGUUAUAAAUGUCUUGGGAGAUGAGCCUGAGGAUGUUAUCCCAAGCAUCGAAGACACAAGACAGCUGGAUUACUUAAAUCUCAUUAUCAAAGAGAAUAUGAGAAUCAAUCCCCCUGUUGGUGGCCCACUUGACCGGUUGGUAACAGAGGACAUUGUGUUGGAUGGAGUAUUACUCCCAAAGGGUACAUCCGUCAAGGUAGCUGUUUACAGCUUACACAGAAAUCCACUUUUGUGGGAUAGUCCAGAAGAAUUCCGCCCAGAACGAUUCCUUCCUGGAGGAGAAGCAGACAAGAUUGAGGGUAUGGGAUAUAUUCCAUUCAGUGACGGCGGUAGACAGUGCAUCGGCAUGAAUUUCAGUUUGGUGGAACAGCGUGUUCUCUUGGCCAUGAUGUUGCGAAAAUACACAUGGAAACUUUCUGAAAACACGAUUAACAAAGAUGAACUCCAAGUCUAUGCAUUUAAUAUCAUGGCACCCUUUGACUUAAAGAUUACACUGGAGAAACGUUAUUGAGUACCCGUACAUUUCUUGUUUUCUUAAAAAAAAAGGCUUAUACAUAAAUAUUACCCAUACAAACACACACACACACAAAUAGCCUGUAGGUUUUCAACUCAUACAUAUUUAUUAAUUUAAUAUGCAAAAAAUGAAAGUAUUUAUUAGCUUAAUUGCACAGAAUUUGUAAAACAUUCCUAUUUUUCUUUCUUUCUUAAAGCCACAUGUUGUUCUAUUAAAUAUUCCCUACUGCCACAGC